CUUAAAUUGUGUAAGUUAUUAAGUUGUAACUUAUAACUCGGCUGUUUCUUAAAUGGUAAUCACUAAUCAUACUAUAUCCAUUAGCCGAAAUCCGUGCCUAUUGCCCAUCAUAACUCAUCUACAAUUUACAGUAUUGAGCUAUUAUUAUAUGAUGUUCAUCGUUCAUGGUAUUGAGUAUUGACUUGACAUAUUUCGUAACAAACGCACAAGACUAGGAUUGCAGAACAUAACAAAUUACAAAUAGAGUAAAAUGUCUGAUAAUGAAAAUCCUAUUCCAUCUCCGACUUCAUGUAAACUAUCGCAUAUUUCUAACAAAAUGUAUACACCUUGUCGUACAGUAGGACUAAAGAGGAAAUCCACAGGUACAUUAACUCCCAAAACUAUACCGAAGAAAAUUAAAGUUAUUGAUGAAACAUCAAAAUCAAUUACAUUUGCUGAAAAUGCAGCUACGCAAAAUAUUAAACCAAAAAACAAGUCUAUUUCAAGAUUGGAGUUUAAAGAUGAGACAAAUUUACUAGACAAACACCGUGUAAUAGAAGAACUCAAGUCUGAACUCAAAAAUAGUGAACAGCAUAAUUUAGAUCAAAUAAAGAAGCUAUCAAAAAAAUGGUUAAAUGUUUGUCAAGAGGCUUUGACAUCACUAUUCAAUAAAUUAAAUGAAAAUGGAAAUUCCAAUUUACAUACUAUAGAAGAUUUAAUUAGGAGUAUAGGUAUCUGUCCAGAUUUAAUUCAAUUUGAUUCAAAUAAUCAAGAGUUUUACUAAAAAGAAUAUAAAUACUAUAUGAACAAACAAUUUAAUUAUUAUUUAGUUCUUUAAUUUUAGUUAAUCAAUCAUCAACAAUAAAACAAUGUUCUGAAU